AUGGUCAUAACUAUGGACCCCAAGCCAGAGAAAUUGCGAGAAAAUGUUAUCCUAAAGUUCAAAGACGUAAAGGUAACAUUAAAAUUAGUUGCUAUGCGUUGUUUUGAUUCAUUCUGACGAGAUAAACUUUAUUUUCAGGUCUUGACAGCAGAGAAGCGCUGUAUGUUUUGGAGUAGCUUUAGCAAAAGGUAAAAAAGAACUACAAUAUAUUAUUGUACGGUAUUUAUUCCUUCUUAUAUUACAUUAAGUGUAAAGGAGAAUGAAUGAAAUUUCUCAGAUGUUUUUGUGCAGAUUAACACUUUCCUGGAAGCCUACAUGUUGUCUUCUUUAGAGAGGGGAAGUCUGACUGAAAUGUUCUCGCGCAAAAUUGUCAAACAUCACCUCUUCCCCAAACAAUGGAUCAUUUUAUGCCUUUUGUUAACUUUACUUUUUUUCAGGUCUGAGGGAUUUUCAGAGGAAGGAUGCCAUGUAGUUACAUCAAAAAGCAACUCAGAAGAAACAGUUUGCAGCUGCAAUCAUUUGACGCAUUUUUGCCGUCUUAAUGAACUACAACGGUAGCACAAAGGUAAUCAAAUAAUUAUUGCCUUACUCAAUAAUUUUAUGGGCUCAAUUAACUAAAUUAAUGUUUUCCUUCAUUUUUGUUGUUGUUGUUAUUGCUGUUGUUUGUUUUUUUUUUGUAACAGCUCACCGAGGAGGACAAAACAAUUCUGAAAAAUAUUACCUACGUGGGAAUGAGCCUUUCCAUCUUCGGGAUACUUUUAACAGUAAUAAUUUAAUCGUGCCUCACGUAAGUAAUGUACCUGAAUAAUAACUAGGUAAAUACUUAACUCCCCUCACCAAGGCUGGUAAGAAAAGAGAUCUCAAUGCAAAUCUCCACACAAAUAAGAACGUACAAGUAGGAUAAUUCACAAAUUCAAGCUACAUUUCAUGCCCCAUCAAGAGUGCUUGAACAGCUCAUGGUCUCAUAGUUUAUGAAUUUUUUAGGGUUUAGAUAUUUUCCUUUUGGUCCUCUCUGGAGCUAUUUACUGAUUUUUUCUUUCCUUUUCUGUCAAGAUUUAGUUGAUUUUUUUGUCAUAUUUUGCUGUCUUUUAAUUUCAGUUUUAUUGUGUUUGGCUGUGCUUACUGUCUUCAGUGUGUUGUUGUUUUUGUUGUUGUUACUUUUGUCUCGUUCACUCUUUUUAAUUUAUUGUUAUUUCACCAGAGAUGUCCGUCAGCCUCUCUCUCAAAUUCGACUGAUGUGUUUCUAUCUCCCUUGGAGCUGGACAGAUCAUCUUCCUCGCCGGAAUAAACGCCACAGAAAACAAAGUUAGUGUCCUCUCCGUCUAUCCAUAAAAUGAAUUUACACUUUGCACCGAAAAUAUCUUGUCGAAAGGAGCACGAUAAGAAUACGAAAACUCUCUCCUUUCACAGGCUGCCUGUGUUACAAUAACAGCUCUGAUGCAGUAUUUCUUGAUGGCCGCUUUCUGUUGGAUGCUGAUCGAGGGAAUUUAUCUCUACCUCUUCGUUAUGAAAGUUUACAACAUCAACACUAAGAUGUACAUGUCUCACGUUAUCUCAUGGGGUAAGUUCAUUAAUUUAUAACUUGGAUCGCCAAAUCUGGUGUUUUCGUCCAGUAAAGUGUUUCGAUCUCCUUCCUUUCUCUAAGGGUAGGUCUUACAGUGAUCAUGGUGGCCAUUCCACUUGGCACCGCUGCUGGAGAAGAAGGGUUACAAAGCUAUACGAGUAA